CUGUCCCCCGCGGAGGAACUGGGGACCUGCGAUGGCGGAGUCCCAGCUGGUGUGCAUGGACGAGGGCCACGUCAACGAGAAGGUGCCGGAGACCACGCCGGCGUUCUACUACAGCGAGGAGCAGCGCGCCGCGCUGGAGCAGCUCCUGCGCAACGGGGACGGCGCCUUCAGGACGCGCCUGCGGGAGGACAACGUCAAGGACUUCCUCUCGGCCCGGGAGGUCGCCUUCAUCCGGAAGAGCUUCCGGGAGUACGACGGCGACAGCGACUCCGAGUCCGGGGAGCACGAGCGCGCCAAGGAGUCCCCCAGCGCGGACUCCGGGGUCCACUCCACCUACUGGCCCGAGAUGUCCGACACCGAGGUGCCGCCGCUGGACAUCGGCUGGCCCGGCGGCAGCGGCGCGUACAAGGGGGUGACCCGGGUGUCCGUGUACUCGCACCCCCCCAAGGAGGCCGGGCCCCACAUCAAGCAGGUGGUGAGGGCCCUCAUACAGGAGGCCCACAAGGUGGUGGCCAUCGUCAUGGACUUCCUGACAGACCUUCAGAUCCUCCAGGACCUGCUGGACGCGGCGGCGCGGCGCGGGGUGGCUGUCUACGCCGUGCUGGAGGCCGGGGGCGUGCCCCACUUCCUGGACAUGUGCAGCCGGCUGCAGAUCAACGCCAUGCAUCUGCGGAACCUGCGCGUGCGGAUGGUGAGCGGCUCGGGGCUCGCCCUGUCCUUCGGGAAGCUGCCCGGGAGCCUCUGCUCCAAGUACAUGCUGGUGGACGGAGAGAAGGUCAUGUUCGGGUCCUACAGCUUCACCUGGAGCUCGUCCCGCAUGGACAGGAACACCAUCACCGUGAUGUCGGGGCAGAUCCUGGACUUCUUCGACACGGACUUCCGGGAGCUGUACGCCGUGUCGGAGCAGGUGGACCUCUACGCCGAGUUCAACAUCACCAAGCCGCCGCUCGCCACGCCCGUCCGCGUGCCGAAGGCGGAGAGGAUCCAGCCUCUGCCCGUCUCCAUGUCUCGCUUUCAGGUGUCCGUCGGGGACUCCAGACAGGUGGACCUGAAGGUGCCCGCCCAUAAAUACCACAACCCCAAGUACUCGUUAGUUUUCGGGAAGGGCGCGGCGGCCCUCACGGGUUCGCUGCAGGACCUGUCGACGGCGAGGGACCCGCUGGGGAACGGCCUUCGAGCCCCCGGGGGCGAUGCGGGCCGAGCCCCCCCGCAGAGUCCCGGUUCGCCCGCGGGGGAAGACGACGACGGGGACGGAAAGGGGCCCGCGAAGAAGAGCCAGCUCUUCAGCUCCAGGAAGCAACGCAGCUCUUUCAGGAACUUUUUGAAAUCCAGGGGAACGCCGGAGACGUUGGAGGAAGGCGUGGUGACCCCUCAGGUGACCUCCCCCACCCGGAAGGCGCCGGAGACCAACGGAGUCGCAGGAAGCGAGGCGGAGGACUCGUUUGAGAUCAUUGAGAUACGCAGUCCGUUGAACCCCAAAGCCAAGAAGCCCUCGAAGCUCCUGCCGAGAAGCAUGUCUCUGCAGACCAUCAACACCGGACACGAAGACGGGUCUAAAGGUCGCGGGAGGCAUCAAAAGAAGAACUGCAUCCAGUCGUGAGAUCGGCCCCGCUCUCCCCUGGCUGACACCCGAUGACAUCACGCUCCUCCCCGGGGAGCCUUUCACGUGGAGCUCCAGAGGAUCCGGAUGGAGGGACAUUCCAUCGCAGCAGUGUGUUCUUUGUAUCACAUUAAUGCAGCGGAGCGUUUUAGUGUUUCGACGCUGACUGAACGCAGAGCGCCCCGAGGCUUUAGGGGUGACGUCGCACCUGGUUGCCAUGGCGAGAGGCGAUGAGUUGUGCCGUUUGCCCCCCCCGAGUGUCGCCUUACAGGAGAGCCUGGGUAACACAACAAGUGCACAGCCUGUGAAUAAUGCACACUGGCUGCUGCAUGGGGACUUUGCAUGUUUACACCGUGGGUUAAUUCAGGAGGAAAAUGACUAAAAUGUGAAUCCCUGAGAUGCAAAUAAUCAUUCUUUUAUAGCAGAAAUUGCAUAAAAAACAUGAAAUCAUCAGUUCUUUCAGAAUGAGUUACAGAAAAUGAUGUAUUUUCUAUUUACAUUUGAGGUUGAUAAAAUGUGUUUAUCUUUGAUCGCUGGUGACCAUGAACUACUGUUUUUAUAAAGGUACUUACAAUGUUUUAAUUAGCUUUUAAUACAGUUUUUGUGGUUGUAGAUUAUAUAUGCAAUGCUGUAAGAUAAUUACUUUUUAAACUGAAACAUACAAUACAACUUAUUACACUUGAUGCAAUAGUUCUUCGUAACUUAUUAAGCCACCAUUUUUCCCUUCAUCCUAGUUCAUCCAAAGUUCUCUUUGAGGCGGUUUUAUAUAUAUAUAUGUAUAUAUAUAUAUGUAUAUAUCGCAGCAGUGUGUAUAUAUAUGUAUGUAUGUAUAUAUAUAUAUAUAUAUAUAUAUUAGGUGAAGCUAUUUAUGUCUAUUUCACAGGUGUCCCGUGUGCUCACUGAGGGAACGUGUUCCGUUGGUGUUUAUUCGUGCACCUGCUCCCAGGAAACCACAGCGCUGCGUCGCAGCUGACGGCAGGAAGUGACAUCACGUGCUCUUAGGAGAAAUGCAGACUCUGAGCUUCUGGAUGCUCAUAGUCACAGAGAAAGUAAAGUGAUGGAGUACCUCCACCUGCUGGAGAGAUUCACCGCUUUAUUGUACCGGUUUAGUUUCUUCCACCAACAUGCAGACGUUAAAUUAUACAAAGUGGUAAACAAAAUGUUCCAGAUGACAUCAUACACUAUAGAAGUAACAUUAUUAAUAAAUUAAUCUAAAAGCUUUAUUUACAACACUCUGUUGGUACUAACAGGAAAGCAAUGAAUUAACAUUGAUGACAAAAUAAAGUUCCCCCCCCCCCCAUGUCAUGUGUAAAAAUACCUGAAUU